AUGGCAACACACCUCGCAGCUUUCAUUACCGGAAAGGGCCAGCCGCUCGAAGUCCGGGAGACGCAGACGCCCAAACCCGGGCCUGAUGAGCUUCUCCUCGACGUGAAGUCGAUCGCCCUGAAUCCCAUCGACUGGAAGAUGCGUGACUUAGGCUUCUUCAUUACCAAUUACCCCGUCAUCGUUGGUUCAGAUGUUGGCGGUGUAGUCCUCGAAGCUGGUUCCAACGUAUCUUCCACCUUCAAACCCGGAACUCGUGUCACAGCUUUUGCGCCGACCUUCUUCGCUCAGGGAGCUCCUGAAUACGGGGCUUUUCAACAGCGGCCUAUUAUCCCUGCGAAAAACGCCACGCCAGUUCCUGACUACCUUUCGUUCAACGAAGCUGCUAUCCUUCCUAUGGCUGUCGCCACAACUUGGUCUGGAUGGGAAACUAUUGGUAUUCCCCGCAAUACCUCUUAUUCUCCUAGUGAUAAGCAAGGACUCCUGGUUUGGGGUGCUGCUUCCAGUGUCGGUAGCAUAGUAGUACAAAGUGCCAAAUUACUCGGUUUCACCGUGUACGCCACCGCGAGCUCAAAGCACCACGCAUACAUCAAAUCGCUAGGCGCAUCCAAAGUCUUCGACUACAAAGACCCCGGCGUAGAAGAUGCCAUCAUCAAGGCAGCUAAGGAAGACCGUCUCACAUUCCAAUACGGCUACGAUGCCGUGGGCGCUAUAGAAUCCUGCCAUACCAUCCUGAAGGCGUUAAAAGGAAGCGGUCCAGCUCAUCUGGCCUCUGCACCUCGUCUAAACCCAGAUGGACCUACUACCGACGAUGUCGAGACCAAGUUCGUUGCUGCUUCGCUUGACGAUAAGGUGCGAAGUGAGCAGUUCUCGUUCUGGUUUAAUACUUGGCUGAAGGAGAGGCUGGAGAAGCGUGAAAUCGUCCCGAGCCCUAAGAUCCAAGUAGUCGAGGGAGGUCUACACGGUAUCAACAAGGGCCUCGACAUUUUGAAAACGGGAGUUAGCGGCACUAAGCUGGUCCUCGAGCUGUAG